ACAAUAAUACCCAGUUGAUAGUUCAUUAUAGUAUAUGGGGAGUUUUGUCUGCUGAUUUUCUGGGUUCUUGGUGUGUUUUCGGAAGAAGAAAAUCGAGAAAUCGAUGAAGGAACAUUUUUUUUUAACGUUGGCCUUGAAGGGUUACUUCAGAUCGAGGAAAUUCAUGUUUUUUUUGUGGAAAAGGUUUCACUUUUUAAGGUUAACCUGUGAUUCUUGUGUGCAAUCUUCUUCUUUUUCAGGUUCUUUAUCGUGACAAUCCAUUGCUUCCUCGUCCUGGGUUUGGAUUUGGAUAAGAGCCUGAAUCAGGUUGUUGACACAUCAUGUUGUGUAUUUAAGGUUUGGUGGUGGGUUAGGAAUGGUUUUGUCCUUUCUGGGGCUGGAGGAAGAAUCGGGAAGAACUUAAUGGACUAUAUAAGGUCUUGACGGAAUCUGGGAAACAAACUGCGAACUUCUUUAAUUUUUCUUGAACUGAAGGCGUAGAUCUGUUCUCAGUCGUCAGAUCCGAUUACCCUUUUGUUACACUCUUCAAUUUCACCGCAUGCCCAUCUUUUUAUCUUAAUCUUGAAUUCCCUUCCUGUUAGCUUCAUCUCUUAUUGGUUCGAGAUUGGGAGUCAACGACACAAGGAUGAUAUGGCGUUGCUCAGUCUUGGAACUUUUAUGCCCAUCUCCUUGUUGAUUGAUGGAAAUUGAGGGGAGUUGAAGACAACCAUUAUUGGUACCGCAGAGAGCAUAUAUAACAACAUAAGAGUGAGGUGGUGCUGCUUGGUCUUGCAAACGUUUGUUGUGCCCAUCUCCCUGUCAGGUGAUAGAAAUUGAGGGGAGUUGAAGAUAGCCGUUAAUAAUACCAAAGAGAGCAUCUAUAUGGAAGAAAUGUCUCCAGCCGUUGCAGUAACUCUUAGUGUAGGUAAUUCGAUGCGCGAUAACUCUGGAAUUUCAUCCUCUGCGGAAAUUACGCGGCUCAAGCUCGUGACAAAUGCAGCCAGCUUCCUUGCGAAUCCUUCAAAUCUGGUGUCCACUGAGUCUGUCUUCUGUUGCCAUGUGGAUACUUCUGAUUCGAGUUAUGUGAACAAUUUGGCCACGGAUAUGGCACGCGAUGAUGGUGGUGGUGGAGCUAAUGAGUUGGUGAUGGUGACCGAGAAUGGAGAUAGUGUGGUCCCUAAUGAUAACUUGAUGCAAGAAAACGACGAGGAUGAGAUUAUGUCAGUCGGGGAAGACACCAGUUUGGUUAUCGCCAAUGAAUUGUUAGUGACAGGCCGAGUGGUAAUAAAAGCAGUAGAAAAUGAUCAAGUUCUGGCUGAGGCCAUAAUUUUGGGAAAUUCCGAGGUUCCUGCGAGUGAACUGAUAGCAGCAGUGAGUUCACAAGCUGAAGGCUCUGAUAUUUCAAUUCUGAAGGCUGCUGCGAUGGUUUCUCAGCUUCCAAAGGAGAAGAGUCUCGCCAAAGGAGGCAUAAGGAGUGUUUUCGAGCUAGAUUGUAUACCUCUUUGGGGCUCAGUGUCUAUAUGUGGGAAAAGACCGGAGAUGGAAGAUGCUGUUACAACAGCGCCACAGUUCAUGAAAAUUCCUAUCAAAAUGCUUGUUGGGGAACACAUAAUUGAUGGGAUUAGCCAAAGUUUAACCCAUGUAACCAGUCACUUCUUUGGUGUUUACGAUGGCCAUGGAGGUUCUCGGGUUGCUGAGUAUUGUUGUGAGCGGAUCCACCCGGCUUUGGCUGAAGAAAUUGGACAGGUCAAACAUAACAUAGGAAAUGGGAGUGUUGGGGAAGCUAGGCAAGCAAUGUGGGAAAGAGCCUUCACUAAUUGCUUUCAAAGAGUUGAUGAUGAGAUAGGAGGAAAAGUAAGCAGAGGCAUCACCUCUGAUCAUGGAGAUGCUUCAGCUGCUAGUUUCGAGCCGGUUGCCCCAGAAACGGUUGGUUCAACGGCUGUUGUUGCUUUGGUAUGCUCUUCCCACAUUAUAGUCGCAAAUUGUGGUGAUUCAAGAGCAGUCCUCUUGCGUGGCAAAGAAGCCAUGCCCUUGUCAGUGGAUCACAAGCCAGAUACAGAAAAGGAGUAUGCUCGAAUUGAUGCAGCUGGGGGCAAGGUCAUACAGUGGAAGGGCUACCGUGUUUUUGGUGUUCUUGCAAUGUCAAGGUCAAUUGGCGAUAGGUACUUGAAACCCUGGAUAAUCCCUGAACCUGAGGUGAUGUUUGUCCCUCGAGCUCGGGACGACGAGUGCCUUAUCCUAGCAAGUGAUGGGUUGUGGGACGUGAUGACCAAUGAGGAAGCAUGCGAGGUGGCGCGGAGGCGGAUUUUGCUGUGGCACAAGAAGAAUGGGAUUCCUUCAUCGCCCUUGGACAGGGGCAAAGGGAUUGACCCUGCAGCACAAGCCGCCGCUGAAUACCUCUCUAUGCUGGCGCUUGAGAAGGGAAGUAAGGACAACAUCUCGGUGAUCGUGGUUGACUUGAAGGCUCAGAGGAAGUUCAAGAGCAUCGUGAUGGAGACACAUUCAGCCACCGGCGCCAGCCAUCCAAGGCAGAGUAACUAAUACAAAUAUUAGAGUCCAAAGUGAUUGUAAGGGGACAUAAACUUUGGUCCAUCCAUUUUUCUCGUGGGCUUAAAUGUUUGUGCGAGAUAAGAAAAGUAGAGUGUUAUUAUACAAAGGUAGUAGCAGCAAGCGCAACUCCAACGCCAUCACUGUGUGGACAUGUGGAGACCUGUUUUCAGCAACAGUUCGCCUGCUGUUGUGUAACCGCUGAUGAAGUGGAAGUUCAUUACCUUUUAGUGCA